AUGACGUUCCUGCGAUCGACCGCUGUAUCAUCCAUCUUUGGCUACUUUCUCGACGUUGGCGACCGGCACAUGGGCAACAUCCUCCUCAACGUGAAGUCGGGCAAGUGCGUGCACAUCGACUUUGAGUGCAUCUUUGGGCGCGCCAGACAUCUUCCCGUGCCCGAGCGCGUCCCGUUCCGCCUCACACGCAACAUCUGCGACGCGCUGUCGGCCAUCAACGACUUCGACGCCUUCCGUACCACGUGCGGGGCCGUGCUUCGCAACCAUCGCGCUGUACUGCGAUGCCACGUCGACAUGUUUGUGCGCACUGAUGCGUCCUUGGCGCCGAAUGUUGUCGCCAUCCUCCAAGCUCUUGACAAGCGGCUCGCCGGUGCAACGAUGGCCGAAAACGCCGACGUAACCAAGAGCUCCGAAGACAUUGCGCGAGACGUCGAGUCGCAAGUCGAGUCGCUCGUGGACGAUGCCAUGUCCAUCGACAACCUCAUGCGCAUGUAUUUGGGGUGGUCUGCACCAUUUUAG